GAGGGUAUCUAUCGCAUUCAUUCAUUGUCGAUGAAGAAACGUAAUUCUUACAAGAGACGAGGAGAUGACUCCAAAUCGUGGUCGGAGCUUCCUGAAGAUCUGAUAAAGUCAGUGUUGGAACGCCUUGACUUCCCUGACUCUCGACGAGCAGAAACCGUAUGUUGGUCUUGGUACUCUGCUGCGAAGCGAUGCGUGGCGAAGAAGCAGCAGAUCCCUUGGCUGAUUCUGUUGCCCGACGAAGACGACAGGAUCAACAACCAUUGGUGCAAGCUGUUCAACCCCGGGGAGAAGGACAAGCUUUACAAAAUCCGAGACGAGGAUGUUGAAUUCGCAAACAGCUGUUGCUUAGCAACGUACGGUAAUUGGCUCUUUAUGGUCGAUUAUUGGUAUAAUCUCUACCUUUUGAAUAUAUUUACCCAUGAGAGGAUUGAUUUGCCUCCCGUGGAGUCGCAACUAGGAGCGACAAAGCUGGAGCGAACCUCAAAAAAAAGAGGAGGUUGGUUUUGUUUAUCGAAUGGUCAUCUCAAAAUGAAGUCCAAAGAUAUUAAUAUAGAAUCACCUGUGUUUUGGAUUGACCAACGCACCAAAGAAUACCUAGUUUUGUGGGGAUUUGGCAAAUGGUGUGUAGCUUAUUCCAAGAAGGGAGAUACCUUCUGGAAUCAGAUUCAAAUCCCCGUACAGUAUGCUUGUUCUCACAUGGUUUACAAAGAUCAAAAGCUUUACUACCUCCUAAAAGACUACAUUGGCAGUGAUGGUUUCAUCAAAAUAUUCGACUUCUCCUCCGAGAUUCCGCGGGAGACCUUUCACUGUGGUCUUCCUCCAGGCGACAUCUCUUCACUUGAUCCAGCAGGAAACUCAUGGAGGAUUACCAAUGAAAAUCUUGUAGUCACAGUAACAGGGGAUGUCCUCUACGUUGAAAACUGGGCAGCACGUUCCACUUCACUCUGGUCCUUCCGCGUCUACAAGGUUUAUUCAUCAGGUUUGUUUGAACAGGUUGAUUCUUUGGGCAACGAGGCUAUGCUUUUUGAUCUAGGCAUCACUGUGCUCGCUAAUGAUCACAUUGUGGGUGGUGGUUUUAAGAGAAAUUCCAUCUACUACAAGACUGCUUGUCAUGAAAAGAACUCUACUCAAAUUUGUCUCUUCAAUUUCGAGACUAAGGAGAUGGAGCCGCUGCACAAGUUUGAUUGUUCCUCCCUUAAACAACUCGCUAGAUCUCUAUGGUUCCUACCAAGCUUCUAGCUAAAUCAGCUUUUGUUUGUUUAAACACUUUCUCCCUUAGUGGACUUGGAAGGUGUGGAUCAUUGUUCUUUAAUGCUAUAACAUUCGCACAAUCGCUUCCUUUUCGUAAUGUUACAUUGUGCUUUUAGUUGGUAUCUUGUUCUUGGUUUCUUU